AUGACCCUCCGGCGGCGCGGCGCCAAGGCGACCAUCAGCAUCCAGGAGCAUAUGGCCAUCGACGUGUGCCCCGGCCCCAUCCGGCCCAUCAAGCAGAUCUCCGACUACUUCCCCCGCUUCCCGCGGGGCCUGCCCCCCGACGCGGGCCCCCGCGCGCCCGCGCCCCCGGACGCCCCCGCGCGCCCCGCCGCGGCCCGCGCCGCCUCGAUCGGCCCCUCCGACGGCGCCCCCCGCGAGGACCGCGACGAUGCCGACCGCGUCUUCGGAGCCCACGGCCCCGGCCCCGGCGCCGUGCCCAGCCCGGCGCGGCCGCCCGUCAAGCCGCCCGAGGACGAGCCCGACGCCGACGGCUACGAGUCCGACGACUGCACGGCCCUGGGCACCCUGGAUUUCAGCCUGCUGUACGACCAGGAGAACAGCGCCCUCCACUGUACCAUCAACAAGGCCAAGGGCCUGAAGCCUAUGGACCACAACGGGCUGGCAGACCCCUAUGUCAAGCUACACCUGCUGCCAGGAGCCAGCAAGGCAAACAAGCUCCGGACAAAAACACUGAGAAAUACUCUGAACCCCACAUGGAACGAGACCCUCACUUACUACGGAAUCACGGAUGAAGACAUGGUCCGAAAGACACUGCGGAUCUCUGUGUGUGAUGAGGACAAAUUUCGCCACAAUGAGUUCAUCGGGGAGACACGAGUGCCCCUCAAGAGGCUGAAGCCCAACCACACCAAGACAUUCAGCAUCUGCCUGGAGAAGCAACUGCCGGUGGACAAGAGUGAAGACAAGUCCCUGGAGGAGCGGGGCCGCAUCCUCAUCUCCCUCAAGUACAGUUCGCAGAAGCAGGGCCUGCUCGUCGGCAUUGUGCGCUGCGCCCACCUCGCCGCCAUGGACGCCAAUGGAUACUCAGACCCCUAUGUGAAAACGUACCUGAAGCCUGAUGUGGACAAGAAAUCCAAGCACAAGACAGCAGUGAAGAAAAAGACCCUGAACCCAGAGUUUAAUGAGGAGUUCUGUUAUGAGAUUAAGCACGGGGACCUGGCCAAGAAGACUCUGGAGGUCACUGUCUGGGACUAUGACAUUGGAAAGUCCAACGACUUCAUUGGUGGUGUGGUCCUGGGCAUCAAUGCCAAGGGCGAGCGCCUGAAGCACUGGUUCGACUGCCUGAAGAACAAGGACAAGCGCAUCGAGCGCUGGCACACGCUCACCAACGAGCUGCCAGGGGCCGCGCUCAGCGACUGACCCUCAUGGCCACCGCCAAGCGCCUUCGUCCCCAGCUGGAGCCCAGUCACCUGCUUGGACAUGGCGCUGCUGUCACCCCUCCUGAGGCUCAGAGGGUCUGGCCACCCCUGAGGACAUGAGCAGGGGCUCCUAAUCUCAGUCCCUGGAGGUGGGACCUGAGACAUACACACCCCUCAGGAAGAGGGGUCUGGACCUUCCAGGGGCCAAGGACCCAACCAGCUCUCACCCCAUCAUGAGUUCAGGGGAGCUAGCAGGGAGAAGAAAGUCAGUUCCCACCAGGGGACCCUGACCCCAACCUAACCCCAUCACAGGACAGCAGGGGAGGUGGCCGUGGCUAGAAGACUGAAGUACCUGCUAAGACUAGGUCUACCCACACUUCAGGAGUCUGGAAACAACUAUCGCAACAAGGAACAGAGCAGGAGGCUCCUGAGUGUCCCGGGCCCCUCCUGGCACUCUCAGACUCUUGGGAACUCUGUUGGAGAAAAGGGAGGGCUUCCUGCAGGAGGAGGGGCUUCACAGGAUCUGACAGGGAGUGGACAGGCAAGGCAGAGCAACACAGGUGAUGAGUUUGCAGAACUGCAGAGGAGAAAUGGUAAUCGAGUCAGAGGUAAUGGGCAGUACCCCAGAGCAAAAGACACAGGACAUGACAGGAAGGCCUCAGCCGUGACUACCAGGGCCAGGCAGGGGU